AGGGAGAAAAACCUAUUUUCCUAUAAAGCAUCAUAUUUUUACCUGGGUUCUGUGUUGAAUGGUGAAUAUGGUUUUAACCAUUGUAAAUGGCUUGAGACAUAACAAAAGGUUUCCACUUACUGAGGAUCCUUAUUGGGCAGUCGUGGGGGCUUGGUAAAGGAAUGCAGCUUGCUGGAUUCCCAUCUUUCCCCUGGCACGUAACAAAGGCUCAAGUAACGUGGUCAGUGGAGAAAGGUAUUUUAAAAAUCAUGCAGGGAAAUACAAGCUAUGUAAUGGCUGGUAAAUUUUGGGGGGAUGGGGCUUGUAUUUUGUGCUGGUAACAAGUAGGGCAGAUGAGUGCUUUUUUGGAAGGCUGAGCAGGUUUGUACAGAAGUAAUUCUGAGCAUUGGAUUCAUUUUAAAUCUGCAAUGGGCCUUCCCAAAUAUAUUUUGGUAUGGCUUUGAAGAGGCCAUUGACUGCCACAGGCUGACGGACUGAUUCAGAAAUGAGGUUUCAUGCAAAACUUGUGCAGGCGAACCACCCGCCCGUAUGGUUACCCUCCCUCCUAAUAAAAAUAAUAAUUAUAUGUAUAUAUAAAUAAAGGCACUGUCCCCACAUAAAAAAAAAAAAAAAAAAAACCCUACGGAAAAGAAAUGUGCAUCCACCCACAGAGCCACAGGCAGCAGCAGGGAGCAUGCACUGGGAAAACAGGCAUCACCUGGUUGAAAGAGAGGAGAGAAGGAAGUGCCUGGCUUGCCAAGGUGACAGCGAGAUUGUAAAUAAUAUGUACGAGACCGACCCUGAUCUCCUUGCUGGCGAAAGUGCAGAGGAGGAAACAGAGGACAGUAUUAUGUCCCCCAUCCCUGUCGGACCUCCAUCACCCUUUCCCACCAGCGAGGACUUCACUCCCAAGGAGGGCUCACCUUAUGAAGCUCCCGUCUACAUUCCUGAUGACAUUCCAAUCCCACCAGAUUUUGAACUCAGAGAAUCUUCGAUCCCAGGGGCAGGGCUAGGGAUUUGGGCCAAAAAGAAGAUCGAAGCUGGGGAAAGAUUUGGACCUUAUAUGACAGUACAAAGGAGCACAUUAAAGGAAACAAACUUUGGAUGGGAGCAAAUACUGACUGAUCCCGAGGUGACCUCCCAAGAGGGCAACAUAAAAAAGAUCGCUGAUGACCUGGGAAAUGAGAAAUUCUGCAUUGAUGCUAGCCAGAGCGGAGCUGGGAACUGGCUGAAAUACAUCCGCGUGGCCUGUUCCUGUGACGAGCAGAACCUCGCCGUGUGUCACAUUAACGACCAGAUCUAUUAUAAAGUUAUUAAAGAAAUUGAGCCAGGAGAAGAGCUCUUGGUGUAUUUGAAGGAAGGUGGUUAUUCACUUGGGAACAUGGCGCCCAGCAUGGAAGAGGAGCACACGUUUCGCUGCGAGGACUGUGACGAGCUUUUUCAGUCAAAGCUGGACCUGCGGCGACACAAGAAGUACGCCUGCAACUCCGUCAGCUCCCUCUACGAGACUCUGAACGACGAGAUCAAGCAGGAGGGCCUUGGCGAUGGGCAGGUCUACGAGUGCAAAGACUGCGAGAGGAUGUUCCCCAACAAAUACAGCCUGGAGCAGCACAUGGUGAUCCACACUGAGGAGCGGGAGUACAAGUGCGACCAGUGCCCGAAGGCCUUCAACUGGAAAUCCAACCUGAUUCGUCACCAGAUGUCUCACGACAGUGGGAAGCGGUUUGAAUGUGAAAACUGUGUCAAGGUGUUUACCGACCCAAGCAACCUCCAGCGGCACAUCCGUUCCCAGCACGUUGGCGCGCGAGCCCAUGCCUGCCCGGACUGCGGCAAAACCUUUGCCACCUCGUCUGGCCUCAAACAACACAAGCACAUUCACAGUACUGUCAAACCUUUCAUAUGUGAGGUCUGUCACAAAUCCUACACGCAGUUCUCCAACCUCUGCCGUCACAAGCGGAUGCACGCGGACUGUCGCACCCAGAUCAAAUGCAAGGACUGUGGCCAAAUGUUCAGCACUACCUCCUCUCUCAACAAACACCGGCGCUUCUGCGAGGGCAAGAACCAUUACAACCCUGGGGGAAUCUUUGCACCAGGCCUCCCCUUAACACCCACUUCCAUGAUGGACAAAUCCAAGCCCUCUCCCAACCUCAACCACGCCAGCCUGGGAUUUAAUGAUUAUUUUCCAUCCCGUCCCCACCCAGGGGGUCUUCCAUUCUCACCUGCCCCCCCAGCAUUUCCUGCCCUCACUCCAGGAUUCCCAGGGAUUUUCCCACCAUCUCUGUACCCCAGGCCCCCCUUGUUACCACCCACACAACUGCUCAAAAGUCCCCUCAACCACACUCAAGACGCAAAGCUUCCGAGCCCCCUUGGGAACCCAGCACUUCCUCUGAUUUCUGCAGUAAGCAACAGCAACCAGGCCACUUCAGGAGAGGAGAAAUGUGAAAGCAGCCUGGAAAACUCCUACCUGGAGAAGCUAAAAGCCAGGAACAGUGACAUGUCCGACGGCAGUGACUUCGAGGAUGUCAAUACAACCACGGGCACAGAUCUGGAUACCACCACUGGCACCGGCUCUGACCUGGACAGUGACGCAGAGAGCGACAGGGACAAAACGAAAGAUAAGAGCAAACAAAUUGAGAGCAAACCAGACUUUGUCAGCAGCUCUGUGUCUGCAAGCUCCACCAACAAUACCAGUGAGAUCCCUCUCUUCUAUUCUCAGCAUUCCUUCUUUCCUCCCCCAGAAGAGCACCUGCUACCCACCACAGGAGCAGCCAAUGACUCUAUUAAAGCCAUCGCCUCCAUUGCAGAGAAAUAUUUUGGGCCUGGCUUUAUGGGGAUGCAGGAGAAAAAGAUGGGUUCACUCCCGUAUCAUUCCAUGUUUCCAUUUCAGUUCCUCCCCAAUUUCCCCCAUUCCCUCUACCCUUUCACGGAGCGGACCCUCAAUCACAACUUGCUGGUCAAGGCAGAACCAAAGUCACCCCGGGACCUCCACAAGGUAGGCAGCACCAGCUCAGAGUCGCCCUUCGAUCUCACCACAAAGCCAAAAGAGAUAAAGCCAAUCCUGCCACCACCUAAGGUCCUGCCAGCCCCAUCCUCAGGGGAAGAACAGCCACUGGAUCUGAGCAUUGGCAACCGCAUCCGAGCCAGUCAAAAUGGAGGAAGAGAGCCACGCAAAAACCACAUUUAUGGGGAGAGGAAACUAAUGGCAAGUGAAGUCUUACCCAAGAUUUCCCAGUCUCAGCUGCCUCAGCAACCAUCCCUGCAUUAUGCUAAGCCAUCACCCUUUUUCAUGGACCCCAUAUACAGCAGGGUGGAGAAGCGGAAGGUGACAGACCCUGUGGGUGCCCUAAAGGAGAAGUACCUGCGACCCUCCCCGCUGCUAUUCCACCCCCAGAUGUCAGCCAUAGAAACAAUGACAGAGAAACUGGAGAGCUUUGCAGCCAUGAAGGCAGACUCUGGCACUUCCCUGCAGCCCCUUCCACAUCACCCUUUCAACUUCCGAUCUCCACCACCCACGCUAUCCGACCCCAUCCUGCGCAAGGGCAAGGAGCGUUACACCUGCAGGUACUGUGGUAAGAUCUUCCCACGCUCAGCAAAUCUGACAAGACAUCUGCGGACACACACUGGAGAACAGCCCUACAGGUGUAAAUACUGUGACAGGUCAUUCAGCAUUUCCUCCAACCUCCAGCGGCACGUUCGAAACAUCCAUAACAAGGAGAAGCCAUUCAAAUGCCACCUGUGUAACCGGUGCUUCGGGCAGCAGACCAACUUGGACCGACAUCUUAAGAAACACGAACACGAGAACGUUCCAGUGAGCCAGCACUCUGGAGUCAUUACAAACCACCUUGGGACCAGUGCCUCUUCCCCAAACUCGGAGUCAGACAACCAUGCACUUUUAGAUGAAAAAGAGGAUUCGUAUUUCUCUGAAAUCAGAAAUUUUAUUGCAAAUAGUGAAAUGAAUCAAGCAUCAACCUUAUCAGAUAAAAGGCCAGAAAUCCAGGAUAUUGAUGGCAAUUCCCAGUGUCAUGGAUUAUCAAAUGAGAAAACAGAAGAAGUGGAUGAUGAAGAUGAAGAACUGGAAGAGGAAGACGAUGACAGCCUGACAGGGAAGUCACAGGAUGAAACAGUAUCACCCACCGCAGAGCCCCGAGGAGCAUACGAGGAUGAAGAAGAUGAAGAGCCCACAUCUCUCACCAUGAGCUUUGACCACACCCGAAGGCUUAUGCAAUGAUGCUGUCCCUGUCUGAGAACGCUCCCCUCCACACGUCCUCCCAGAACUCCCUGGGUGCUUGGUUGGACAUGGCAGGAGCAGCUUCAGAGUCGGGGACCUUUAACCCCAUCAACCACCUCUGAGAGGUCAACAAGGCACUGGCCAGAGUCCCAGCGAGGAGGCGGUGGUGCUGCAAUUAUCCUAGCAAAAAUCCCAGCAAGCAGAAGAUGGAUGAGAAGGCCUCAGGAGUGGCCUGGAUUUAUGGCUGAGAAAGAAACCUGUCGCAUCCGACCUACCAGUCCUGCAUUUUUACCCAUCCAGAGUUUUCAUUUGUAACUUAUCAGAACGAACCUCUCCAAAACUGGAUAACUGAUGCAGCCCCAGGACUUCAGUCUGUAGGAAUAGCAUAAGCAAGACAUGAAUUGCAACAGUGCAAUCAAAUAUUGGUCCCUCUAACAUUACAAGAUGGUAUCACUGCGCCAGAGAAGCCCACAUAUAAAUGACAUCUUGAAACCGUGUGGUAGCUUAAUGCUUUCAACUCCGCCAAAUAAUGGGAUAGCAAGGAAAGGGAGCCAGAUCGGACCUAUCCCUGGUGCAAUUCUGACAGUCACAGGAGUUACACCAGGGAAGGGUAAAUUUAAUUGACCUCAAAAAGAAUCUGAACUUGUGCACUCCCACAGAAAUAUGUCCUAUCCUUUGUUCCCAACCAAACGUACUGGCACAGCCCAAAGCUUCUCGAGUCUGAGGCCAUGCUGCGUGCGGUCAUGCUACGCUACAUGCGGUGUCCCGGUUGAGAAAUCUUCAGCCUGGUGCAUUGCUGAGGCUGGGUUGUUGAUGUGUAAUGCAAAUACGUGGUUCACAGUCAUCAGCUGUGCCCUGAAAGCCCUUCUGCCUGUGCCUGGGCUGCUGCCUGCGCUUAGAGCAUCCUGAGUGCUUCAGAACAAAAUCCGUGCUCAGAAAAUCUCCGGCGAGCGGGUGGUGGCAUUCGGCCCCACUCUGGCCCCGUGCCUCAUGGCAGGGCCGCUUGGACCUCCCCAGGUGUGAGCACCCCGGGUAAAUCCGUGCCCGAGAGGUGCAGGUGUGUGCGGGGAGGUGUGCGGGGCGGGCAGGUCCGGCCUGCGGCGGGGCGCUCGCAGCUUCUGCUUCGCCUCCCAGGGUUUGCUUCAGAGUGGUGUCUUUUCAGUGUCGGCAGUAUCCGGGAAUUGUGGCAGAAAUUUCUGACUCCUGCCGUUGGUUUGGUUUGCUGGAUGGUUGUUGAUGAGUAGCACACUGCCAGCUGGCCUGUAAUUUUAAUAGGAAGGUUAAAGUUCCCUUUCUUCAGCAGUGUCAGGGGUUCAACCCACUAUUUGAGCACAUAUAAGAACAGAAUUGUCUUUCUGACUCUAAAAUUGCUCACAGAUAUUUUAUGAGUGAUUUCAGAUUGCUUCGAAGUCUUGCUUUUUUUACCGAUACAAAGCAACCUCCAGAAAUGCUGUGACGUUUGUGCUGUUGUGCGUUGUAAUUACAACCCGGUGUUGCAGCAGUGAUUUUGCAGGUAAAGCUGAAUUGCCGAACCGUCUGGGAAGUGAUUAGACCUGUUCCAAGAACAGCAUUGGCUAUCCAGAUAAAAUUUAGGAUGCGUGUCCUGAGAAUUUGCUAUUUGCAACGUGA